AUGCUGCGGCAAAAGGUCCUUAAGGGCACCGUCCUUGCGAACCGGAAGCUCAUCCUCGCGUACGAUGCCGAGACGGACGGCUGGAACGCAGGGGCGUUUCACCUCAAAGUAGACAAUCAAGGCCCGGCAAUCCUCAUCGCUAAGACGAAGCGGGGUGGGUACUUUGGGGCGUUCAACCCGCUCGGGUGGGCAUCGCGGGAGGACUACAGGGACGCGUUCAACGCGUUCCUGGUCAAGUGGCCCAAGAAAAACUCGACAGAGGGGGAACCUUUCAUCUUGGAGAAGGUUGGAGGAUCAGGCGCUGCGAUAUUCGACUUUGGCGCCGAAGGUCCAAUCUUCGGUGCCGACGCUUUGAAGAUUCCGUUGGGAAGGGCGCCAUCGAUGGGUUCAUCGUACGCGGCGAUAGGCGGUUCAUCCCUGUUCGGUGGUGGCAAGGAGAUCAAGACGGCAAAGUCGAGGCUGGGUUCGGCGUACGCGUCGCCGCCGGAUGAUACGAACUCGCUCUUCGGCCCGGGGGAGAAGUUCGAAGCAGAGCUCGUGGAGUUGCGCGUUUACACGGGUCAGGGUUUAGACGGCUUCUACGCUUAG